AUGUCGUUUGUGAAUGAGCAGGGAGCGGGUUUGAGAUGCCGCACUGGAGUCUCAUCCCUUAGCAUGGCCCACCACCCGAAUCCUAAGGGAGCUCUGAAGGCGAGAAAGAACAGGCCCAGGAAGACCAGGCCCUCAGACAUCAACCGCAAGCCCCCUCCCUACAACCCCGAUCCUAUGUCUGAGGUCAGAGCGUCCAUUCCUGAAUUCCAGAAGAUGGAUUCCAAGGCCGACAUGUCCAAGUUCCACAAGAAUGAGCGCAACGGAAGGGUGCUGUAUCUCUUGAAGGCUCCUUACGUGUCCCAAUAG